AUGUGCAUUUCACAUCCAAACACCCCUCCCGGUAUAUUUACUUGCGGUGAAAGAAAGAAAGUGGCAACAAAGCCACCGGUGGUAAGGUUCGUCGUCACUGUAAACCCUAAUUAUCUUAAAGUCAUCACAGAUCGUGAUUCUGGUAGGUCUCUUGGGUUUGGAUUUGUUAGUUAUACAUCUGCUUAUGCAGCUAACUCUGCUCUUCAGGACAUGGAUGGAACGGAACUCGAUGGUCGAAGGAUUAGAGUGAGUGUCGCCCUAGAGUGGCCUCGUCCAUCAUUUUAUGGCGGUUAUGGCGGCCCUGGUGGCAAUGGUUAUGGAGCAAGUGGUGGUGGCACAUAUGGAGGAGCGGGUGCUAUGCAGUCUAUCGUGGCGCUAUAG